AUGGGCGGAGAAUCCGAGCAACGACGUGUAGAGGAUGGCCCUGGUGGAGCAGCUCUGAAGGAUAUCGGUGACCAACUCCAACCAAGAAGUGAGGACGAGGGACCAUAUGAGGAGCAGAGAUACUCCAAGAUCGAUGACAAGAGGCCAAAAUAUCAUCUUUCAGAAGACUCGAUCAUGUCUGACGUCGUUGAAACGGUGAAAGCUUCUAAUCCUCACACAAAGCAAAACCCAGGGGUGAUUGGGCGCAUCACCCAGUCUCUGAACCCAUUCGGUCCUUCAGAGCCUUCUACAAUUCCCGAGAAGGUGACUAAGAAGCAGCCGAGCCACAAAUCGGAAACCUCAAGAGAAGUCAAACUUCAAAAAGAAGUAACCCAAUUGCGAAUUGAUAAGAUUGCUCUGAGCACAAGUCUCAAGGACUUAACAAUCAAGUUCAAUUCGCAAACCAAUGACCUUGAUGGCAAAAAGCACUUGAUCAAGCAAUGGGAAGACUGGAAAGUCAAGUCCGACGAGCACUGGCGCAAACGAGGGGAGGAACACAGAAAAACGAAAGACGCUUACGAUCGCUUAUUCCAUGAUUAUAAUAAGCUUAAGCGGACAAAGGCAGAUCUUGAAACCGAGCUUGAAGAGGAGAGAGAUGUGAACAAGACUUUAAGACAAGAUAUCCAGAACCAAGAGGUCGUGGUUACUGAGGCGCAUUCGAGGGCCAUAUCACUACUGGCUGGCCAUGUCUCAAGCGAUUUCCCUGAUGAUCAGGUUCGAACUGAACUGGGAGAUCUGUUUGAGAAGUGCUCUGAGUGGUGUAUAGACAAUCGCUUGCCGCUGAUCGAAAAGGUCGAAGAUACCCGAAAUUUGCUGCUUACUGAAGAUAUCAUCAACGAUCUAGAUUGCGAGGAGCAUCUACGAUUCGACCUUAUGCACAGAACAUCUACAGCUGUACUGCUACAGGCUGCACUAACGAAGACGCUCAUGCAGACCUUUCUUGGAAACCCAUUCUUCCUUGGCCAACACUGUUUGAACAAAACAGCCCUGCAAGGAGGUUUGUACACUUCACUAUCCCAGGCAACAAGGCAAACUGACACAACCUCAGGCGCAAGCGAAGAAGCCACAGUGACGUGGAGGAUCCAGACGUGUCAAUACCUAGAGCAAGCAUUCCCCCCACACAACCAAGCACUGCAAACAUGUGCCGAGGGUUUCGCAAGGACUUACGAACCCCUCAUCGAGCCCCUCGACAGAGAAAGCCUCACGCAGCUUACCAAGCUCUUCGAGACCACAUGCAGCCUUGCGCUCAGACUCUGGAAGCUAAGAACCAAUAUCCGCAUCGAAGCGCUAGGCGAUGCAACCCUCCACCGGUUCCAGAGCAUGUUCGGCGACAUGGAGGCGCAUCCAACAGUCGGUCUCUUGAAAGGUGAUAAGCGGUUCGACGGUCGCCCGAUUUGUGUAGUGGUGCGCCCGCGGAUUGUCUCGGAGCCAGUGGAAUCUGAGAAUCGUGGGCGAGGCAUUGUCUGGUCGCCUGCGCAGGUUUGGGUGUCUAAUUGGGAGGAUGCAGGGUAUUAG